GCAUCGUCUCGAGUGAUCCUCAUGAGUAAGGGGAUGUAAUUCCUGUCUAGAGAAGAGGAAACUUGUUCAGAAAUGUUCGAAGACAUACGCCCCUGCCCAGCUGUGGCCGCCUACAAGCUGGUGCUGAUCCGGCAUGGAAAGAGUGCCUGGAACCUGGAGAAUCACUUCAGAGACUGGUACGUCGCGGAUCCAAGCCCCGACCGCACGAGGCCAAGCACAGUGGCCAAGCAUCGCAAGAUGCUGGCUAUGAAUUUGCUAUCUGCUUCAGCUCUGUCCAGAAGAGAGCAAUUCGUACCCUUUGAACUGUACUAGAUGCCAUUGACCAGAUGUGGUUGCCUGUAGUGAGGCUUUGGCACCUCAACGAGCAGCACUGUGGAGGGCUGACUGGUCUCAACAAAGCAGAGACAGCUGCUGAGGAUGGUGAGACCCAGGUGAAGAUCUGGCGACGAUCCCAAGACAUCCCACCACCUCCAAUGAAGCCUGACCACCCCUUCUAUGGCAACAACAGCAAGGAGCGUCGCUAUGCAGAUCUGACCGAGGAUCAGGGGCCUUCCUGUGAGAGACUGAAAGAUACCAUUGCCUGGGCUGUACCCUUCUGGAAUGAGGAAAUCAUCCCCCAGAUCAAGGAAGGAAAAUGUAUUCUGAUUGCAGCCCAUGGCAAUAGUCUUGGAGGGAUUGUCAAACAUCUUGAGGGUCUGUCUGAAGAAGCAAUCAUGGAGCUGAAUCUGUCCACUGGCAUUCCCAUUGUGUAUGAGUUGGACAAGACUCUGAAACCCAUCAAGCCCAUGCAGUUCUUCUGGGAUAAAAAGACUGUGAGCAAUGGAGACUGUGGCAGCCCAAGACAAGGCCAAGAAGUGAAAGCAGGAUGCCAGCACAUGCCAGCAGUAACCAGGUCCUUCCCUUCUCACUGUCUCCACCACAUCUUUCCCCACCUGCUCCACACAGUGACCAUCACCUUAGGGAUCACAACACAUAGCUGCAGGUGGGGGACUGAUGGUUCUUUUUCUCAUUUCUUCCUCCCUAUUUCAGACCAAUUGUUUUCUCUCCUGUUGCCCUUCCCCUCAAUCACAUUAGUUAGAAUGUCUCCUGGGUGGUUUUGCUCAGGAAGGACCUGGUUAGGGAUUAGGGACGGGGACAUAGUAUGAAGUGACCAAUGUGAGGAGCUGAAAGAAGCAGUUGGUCCAGUCAUUCCUGUGAGCCACUCCUGCCAGCAAGGCAGUCCUCUCAGUGACUGUUGUAGGAAGCUGUCUAUAACCAAGGUGGUCAUUUAAUGAGUCAUGAAAGUUUUAUUUGAAUGUUUCCUCUCUAAUACAAGAAAAAUGGAUCUGGGAGGUUGUCCUAAUGUUUACUUGUUGCAUUUGCUUUCACAAAAGACCCUUCUAGGCUGGUUAUUAGUGGCUUUUGAAAUUGAACUGUUCCACUUGGUAGUCAGGAGAGAUCUCAAGCCAGGUCAGAGAAGGGAGAGUUCCUUGAUUUUUAAGGGGUGGACAAAAACAUCCCACUGUGUGUUUUAUAGCCCCCUUUGUUCUGUGGCAGUGAAAUGCCCUAGGUCAUGUUGAAAUGGGUCUCAAUGUCCCAUUGCCUUCUACCUCAUGUCCAGCCACCCGGGUCCUCAUCAGCUUUAGCAUAACUAUACUAAUCUGGCCCUUCCCCCGGCCCCCUUUUUUAUGGUUCACUAUACUAAAAGAGUGAAGAGCAAUUUAAAAAAUUGUCUUUACAUGUAUUUGAUAAAAAAUAGAAUACUAGUUUUAAAAGGUAAGUGGUCUGUUCAUGUACUUGGGUCAUUUACACUGGGAAAAUAGAUCUUGCAUUUGAUUUUAGGUGCCAAGUUUUUUACCUGUCAUAUUUGUCAUAAAUAUUUCCAAACCUGUUUUUAUUUUUACUUUAAUUACAUUGUUUUGUUGUAUAAGUUUUUUUUAUUUUUAUGUAAUUGAAAAUAUCUGGUUUCAGAUAAUUUCUUCUAUUUAACACAUUAAAAG